AUGGCCGAUCUUUCCAGUCUGCUGGGCACGCCUGGCAAGCAAGUCCCUUCAGCCGCGCCCACAAGUCACGAAGUCGAUCCCGGCAAUGAUACAUGGCGGUCUCAUCUUCGUAUAGGCGAGGCGUACAAUCAGCAUUUGCCAUCGACGUGGGACGCGAGUUAUGUGCCACCGACGGCAUCUGCCUCUGUGCCGCGUGUCUCGUUGGCGGUGAGUACGGAUCUCAAGCAAUGGAACUAUCGAUACAUGUUUGAAAAAAAAGGUGAGCGUAGUAUGGAGCUCGAUACGCGUCUCUCUGUGAUGGGCGAUGAGAUUCGGCAUGCCUUUGGCCUUACGGCGGAAUGGGACGACCCUAGCAUUCCCAAUCAGGAGAGUAUAUACACAGUGGGCCGGAUUUGUGCACGCGUGGACCCCGGCACCCGAAACGAAGAGCAAAAGGAGCAUGUCCGACUCACACCGGCCAACCUCAUGCUCGAGACGAGCCGUAUGGUCGGCAAUGGUCAACGGAUCUCGCUCGUGAUUGACCCGCAAUGCACCGUCCGCUAUGCGUGGGCAUCACAAGCAGAAAGCAUUUCGAGCGUGACAGGUCUAUUUCCUGGAAUGAUACUCGGUGUCAAGGGCCGCAACGGCUCAGGGCAACGAUUCGUGGCGGAGGAGCUUCUAAUACCACCGCCCUUGCCACACCCUGCCACAUUGCAGUCGGAGUUAAUGACCAACCAAUACGGUGAGUCACGCUUGGCCGGUACGCCACUCCGAGUGAUGAUGGCGGGUGGUCCAUUCACACCCACCAGCGACUUGGAGUACGGCCCUUGGCACGCGUUCAUGACGCAUGUGGAACUGGCUCGUCCUGAUGUGCUCUUACUCCUGGGGCCCUUUGUGAGUGUGCAGCAUCCAAUCAUUGCCACAGGAAACCUCGAUACGCUUCCGACCGACUUGUUCAAGCACCAUAUUUCGCGUCGCAUUACGCGGCUCAUCGAGAGAUCGCCUUCGACGGUGGUCAUUCUCGUGCCAAGCACAGACGACAUGAUCCACACGCAUUACGCAUACCCACAACCCUUCUUGGACAAGUCGGAUCCCACGCUGGGUCUGCCCAAGCGCGUUCGGUGCCUUCCCAACCCGAGCGUGUUUUACGUCAACGAACUCGCGAUUGGCGUAAGUACGGCAGACACGCUGGGCGACCUGCGUCGAGAGGAGUUGGUGCAGCGCGUUCAGUCAGGAUCCCAAGGCACGCCCCAAAGCAAGGGUGUGAACGACCCGAUCGUGCGUCUUGCACGACAUGUCUUGGGCCAGCGCCAUUUCUAUCCCCUGUUCCCGCCGUCGCCCGUGUCGCGAGUGCCACUGGACUUGUCGCAUUCUAGGCUCUGUGCUUUUGACACGUCAACACCAGACCUGAUCUUACUUCCCUCGACCAGUACGAAGCCGUGUAUCCGCAUCGUGGACUCGUCUGUGGUGGUGAAUCCUGGCUCACUGGUCAGCUCGGACGAGUCAGGCACGCAUCCUUCCGCCUAUGUCCAAAUGCAAGUCGAUCCUAUGCCACGUGAAAGGCUGCAGGCAACGAUCGACGACGCGGAUCCACUGCUCACGCACGAGCUGUACCGUCGUGCGCGCAUUGAUCUCGUGUAUACAUAA